UUGUACUUGUGUACGUGUUGAAAGGAAGAAAAAGCAAAAUAAUCAUUCCACUGUUUCUUGACGGAAAUUCAGCUAAACAGAAGUAUCGUUUGUGCUGUUUGCCGCAAGACCUUGAAGCCGUCUUCAGGUCUCACGCUUGCCGUUCCAGUUUGACUAUGGAUCCCGGCGAUGAUGGCGUAGACUUGGGGCCCGUAGAUGGAACCUUUGCGGAUGAAUUUGAGGAAGCGUACACCUCGAAAAAGAGAUCCUAUGCUGAUGCUGGUUUGGAUGAUGGUGCACCUGCCAAGAAGCCAAUGACAGAGGACUACCUUGAUGUCCAUCAACAGCCGAUAUCAACUCUUGGUUCGAGCCAUCCUCCACCAUUGGCACCACCAUCUGGAUCGGGGAACAAAGCCACACAGGAGGUUGCUGUGUCUGAGAGCCUGAUGGGAAUGGUAAUGGGCAAAGGUGGAGAGACAAUUCGCCGUCUGCAAUCCGAAUCAGGUGCCCGUAUUCAGACUGGUGAGGCUGGUCAAGGAAGCGAGCGUAUUCUGACAAUUACUGGCGAUGCGGAGAACGUAGUCAAAGCCCGAAUGCUGCUGGAGCAGUUACUAAAUGAGAGUGGUGCGAGUGGUAGACCGAAGACUGCAUCAUCUUCAGGGCCAGUAAUGACAGUUUCUAAUUCAGCUGCUGCUGCAGGUACAGACAUAUUUGACAUGAUGCUCCCAGCGAAUAAAGUCGGACUUGUCAUCGGCAAGGGCGGUGAGACCAUAAAACGUCUUCAAGCAGAGAGUGGCUGCGUCAUGUUUGUCGUUCAAGAUGGUCCUUCUCCAGGUGAAAAGCCUCUGCGUAUACAGGGCACACCACAGACCAUAGAGCAUGCUCGGGUGCUUGUCAAUGAAUUAUUGAAUUCAUCAGACAUGCCGCCAGGUGCCAAUGCACCAGGCUUGCGAAUGGAUGUGCCGCGCGAGGUCGUGGGUGUUGUUAUUGGCCGCGGUGGUGAAAACGUGCGCCGCAUCCACAAUGAGACAGGCGUGCGCAUCCAGUUUCAACCAGACUCCGGCGAGAAGACCAGAACCGCUGUGCUAAGUGGACCAGCGGAAAACCUUGCUGCGGCGCAGAAAAUCAUCUUGGAUGUCAUGUCUGAGCGAAAUCAGGGAGGAUCCGGUGGAAGCAGUAUUCCCAAUGCUGGUGGCUCUGGAGGUAAUGUUCAGGAAGUCCAGUUCCCUGUCCCAGCCAACCAGUGUGGUCUUGUUAUAGGCCGGGGUGGUGAGACUAUUCGGCAACUGAAGCAGCAGAGCGGCUGUCAUAUUGAGCUGAACCGGAAUAUCGUCACCAGUCCAGACUUGAAGGUAUUCAUCUUGCGUGGCAGUGAUUCCGCCAUUUCCCAUGCACAGCAGUUGAUCCGCGAGAAGUGCAAUGCUGGACCCGGUGGUUCCAAUCAGCAGCGAUCAAAUGAUCACGGAGGUCCGAUGGGCGGGCCACCUCAUAUGGGUGGUCCUCAUAUUCGUCCACCCGGUGGUCCUAUGUUUGGAGGUCAUGGUGCUCCUCCAAUGUAUCCAAACCCGUACGCGGGCGGUGUUCCUCCAGGCGCAGGUCCAGGAGGUGCAGGUCCAGGCGGAGCACCCGGUGCUGACGCGUCGUCUGCUUGGGCCGCGUAUUAUCAGCACUACUACCAGCAGUACAGUGCCCAGCAGGCAGCGGCGGCGGCGGCAGCUGCUGCAGCAGCUGCCGGUGGAGCUGGCCCUGGAGCUGGCGCUGCUCCGUCCACACCUGCCAGCGCAGCAUCCAUGGCUGGAUCGAGCUCAGCGGCUGGAGCCGCAGCAGCGGCAGCAGCAACCCACGGCCUGUCUACAGCGGAAGUGGAAGCUCAAUGGCGUGAGUACUACCGGCAGCUGGGCUAUGCCUACCCUGGCGCGCAAGCAUAAGCAGUGGACGACGCUGCUGUUGUUACUGCUGGCCAUCUCAUGUGCCUUUCUAGGCCACGUCUGCUCAGGUGAGCGUGAAGUCAUGUUAGGACUGUGCUUCAACGCUCGUGUGUGUGUGUAUGUAGGUGCGGGUGGUGGCCUGGUGUGGGUCUCUUUUGCUGGUUAGUCCACCAGCUGUGUAUAGAUUGGAAGGUACGGACUCUUUCAUUUUGUAUUUCAGUUUUUGUGACCUUCCUCUUUUCUUGCUGUUGUGGUGCCAGCAGCUCUGCUGCCCUCAGUGAACUGUGUGGUCUCUCCUGUAUCGAUGUAUAGAGAUAUGUAUUCUAGGUGGUAUGGUUUUGUGCGUUUUCUUGUUGUUGUGGGUGGCCGUGACGGCAUUGUCGUUGUCGUUGCUGCUGCUGCUGCUGCUUUCAUUUUGUUUCGUCUUUUUAUCCCAGUUAACUUUUUAUGUCUAUUUUGUAUAUCGGUCUGUUCCUAUGUAAGCUCUGGAUGCCAAGGCAGUUCAUCAGUCAUAUAGUGACUUUUCUCUGCAACGGCAGACAGCCA